GGGGCCAGAAGGCAGAGGUCACGGGGCGGAAUUGGCGGGAGAAUGCGAUUGGAGUCCAUGAGCUGAGGCUGUAGCGUAUCCUUAAGGGGCCUGGACGCGGGAGCAAUGUGAAGAUUCUUGUUCUCCCAGAAGCUGACAAGACCAAAUCAUAAGCAAUGCCAAAGUGGUGAUAGACAAAAUCUCGGGAGGAAGCACAUUUGCUUUGUGCUUGGGACAGCUGGUCUGCCUGUGAUGGCUCCUGUGAAGAUCAGCCACGUGGUCUCCUUUUCCUCUCAGGAUCCCAAGUACCCUGUGGAAAACUUGCUGAACCCAGACAGUCACAGGGGACCUUGGCUCAGCUGCCCUCAGGACAAGAGUGGGCAACUGAAAGUGGAACUACAGCUGGAGAGGGCAGUGCCUAUUAGCUACAUCGAUGUCGGUAACUGUGGCUGUGCUUUCCUGCAGAUUGAUGUGGGACGUUCUUCCUGGCCCCCCAACAGGCCUUUCGUCACCCUGCUCCCUGCAACCAUGCUAAUGUCCCUCAGUGACUCAAAGCAGGGGAGGAACCGCUCAGGGGUCCGGAUGUUUAAAGAUGAUAAUUUCCUGACUCCAGCCUCGGGAGAAUCAUGGGAUCGACUUCGACUGACCUGCUCCCAACCUUUCACACGUUAUCAAUCCUUUGGCUUGGCCUUCUUUCGGGUACGCUCCUCUCUGGAUUCCUUAGCUGACCCUGUGAUGGAGCCUUCAGCCUCUGGGAGUUGUGGGCUGAGCCCGGGCUCCCCUGAUGCUCAGGAAUCUGAUCCUAGCCCCUGGCUGGCCAAUCCUUCUAUCCGGAGGACGUUCUUCCCAGAUCCCCAGACGAGCGCUAAGGAAAUGUCAGAGCUCAAGGGCAUGCUAAAGCAGUUGCAGCCAGGUGCACUGGGGCGGUCAGCCCGCAUGGUGCUUUCUGCUGCCUGCAGGGCACCUCCAGCCAGUGUGGCAAAGAACAACCAUGUGGAACCAAGUCCCAGUCAUCCAAAGAACGCAGACCCCAGAACAAAGGAGCAAGAAGAAAAAAAUGACAUGGGCAGGACAAAGAGAAGAAAAGUACAGGACCAAAGGCGUCUGUCCAACUUGAGUUCUCGGACAAAUAGGAGGGCGGUAUCCAGAGCAAGGCAAAGAGAACACCAACCCCACGCCCAAAACAGUGUUGUCCAGUCUAGUGGACACUGUCCCAUUUGCGCAGGCUCCUUCAGCAUUGAGAUUCUUCCCCUGCAUGCUGCCACUUGUGGAGAGACCUCCCCACCUCAGCCAGCUUCUCCCUCCUCCUCCUCUUCCUCCUCCUCCUCCUCCUCCUCACAGUCUGUACUGAGAUGUCAUUGUGUGGUAUUAAUACUAGUUCCCCUAUCCCCAAGGUUGCAACCCAACUGGAAUGAGAUUGUGAACAAAAAGCUCAAGUUCCCACCUAUGCUUCUGAGUGCCAUCCAGGAGGGGCGGCUGGACCUGGUGCAGCAGUUGCUGGAGUCAGGGUCAGACGCCGCAGGCACUGGGCCAGGUCCUCAGAGGAAUGUGGAGGAAGCUGAGGACCGCUCCUGGAGGGAGGCUCUCAACCUGGCCAUCCGCCUGGGCCAUGAGGCUAUCACCGAUGUGCUGCUGGCCAAUGUCAAGUUUGACUUCCGGCAGAUCCACGAAGCGCUGCUGGUGGCAGUGGACACAAACCAGCCAGCGGUGGUACGUCGCCUGCUGGCCCGGCUAGAACGGGAGAAGGGUCGCAAGGUAGACACCAAGUCUUUCUCCCUGGCCUUCUUUGACUCAUCCAUUGAUGGCUCCCGCUUUGCCCCUGGAGUCACUCCACUCACCCUGGCCUGCCAAAAGGACCUAUAUGAGAUCGCACAGCUGCUCAUGGACCAGGGCCACACCAUUGCCCGGCCGCACCCAGUCUCCUGUGCCUGCCUUGAAUGCAGCAAUGCCCGCCGCUAUGACCUGCUCAAGUUCUCCUUGUCCCGCAUCAACACCUACCGGGGCAUCGCCAGCCGCGCCCACCUCUCACUGGCCAGCGAGGAUGCCAUGCUGGCUGCCUUUCAGCUCAGCCGCGAGCUCCGGCGCCUUGCACGCAAGGAGCCCGAGUUUAAGCCUCAGUACAUUGCUCUGGAGUCACUCUGCCAGGACUAUGGCUUUGAGUUGCUGGGCAUGUGCCGGAAUCAGAGUGAGGUCACCGCAGUGCUCAAUGACCUGGGUGAGGACAGCAAAACAGAGGCUGAGGCUGAGGGCCUGGGCCAGGCCUUUGAGGAGGGCAUCCCUAACCUGGCAAGGCUGCGGCUGGCUGUCAACUACAACCAGAAACAGUUUGUAGCACACCCCAUCUGCCAGCAAGUUCUGUCUUCCAUCUGGUGUGGGAACCUGGCCGGCUGGCGUGGAAGCACCACCAUCUGGAAGCUCUUUGUCGCCUUCCUCAUCUUCCUCACCAUGCCCUUCCUGUGCAUUGGGUACUGGCUGGCACCCAAGUCUCGGCUGGGCCGCCUGCUGAAGAUCCCAGUGUUGAAGUUUCUGCUACACUCUGCCUCCUAUCUGUGGUUCCUCAUCUUCCUCCUGGGAGAGUCCUUGGCCAUGGAGACACAGCUGAGUACCUUCAAAGGGCGCAGUCAGACUGUCUGGGAGACCUCACUACAUAUGAUUUGGGUCACAGGCUUCCUGUGGUUCGAGUGUAAGGAAGUGUGGAUCGAGGGCCUACGCAGCUACCUUCUGGACUGGUGGAACUUCCUGGAUGUGGUCAUCCUGUCUCUGUACUUGGCGUCCUUUGCACUGCGCCUCCUCCUGGCUGGGCUUGCCUACGUGCACUGCCGGGAUGCCUCAGACAGCACCACCUGCCGCUACUUCACCACUGCUGAGCGAAGUGAGUGGCGCACAGAGGAUCCCCAGUUCUUGGCCGAGGUGCUCUUUGCUGUGACCAGCAUGCUCAGCUUCACCCGCCUGGCUUAUAUUCUGCCAGCCCAUGAGUCGCUGGGCACUCUUCAGAUUUCCAUUGGCAGGAUGAUCGAUGACAUGAUCCGGUUCAUGUUCAUCCUCAUGAUCAUCCUGACUGCCUUUCUCUGUGGCCUUAACAACAUCUACGUGCCUUACCAGGAGACAGAGCGGCUGGGCAAUUUCAGUGAGACAUUCCAGUUUCUCUUCUGGACCAUGUUUGGCAUGGAGGAGCACAGUGUGGUGGACAUGCCGCAGUUCGUGGUACCUGAGUUCGUGGGCCAGGCCCUCUAUGGCAUCUUUACCAUCGUCAUGGUUAUUGUGCUGCUCAACAUGCUCAUUGCCAUGAUCACCAACUCCUUCCAGAAGAUUGAGGAUGAUGCUGAUGUGGAGUGGAAGUUCGCUCGCUCCAAGCUCUACCUGUCCUACUUCAGAGAGGGCCUGACACUGCCUGUGCCCUUUAACAUCCUGCCUUCCCCCAAGGCUGCUUUCUACCUUCUCAGGAGAAUUUUUUGGUUCAUUUGCUGUUGCUGCUCCUGCUGCAAAGCCAAGAAGCCAGACUACCCCCCGAUCCCCACCUUCACCAACCCUGGGGCAGGGACAGGGCCUGGAGAAGGAGAACGUGGGUCCUACCGCCUUCGUGUCAUCAAGGCUCUGGUGCAGCGCUACAUAGAGACUGCCAGGCGUGAGUUUGAGGAGACCCGUCGGAAAGACCUGGGCAACAGGCUGACAGAACUGACCAAGACUGUAUCUCGACUACAAAGUGAGGUGGCCAGUGUGCAGAAGACCCUGGUAGCAGGAGGGAUGCCACGGCCUCCUGAUGGUGCCAGCAUCCUCAGCCGCUACAUCACCCGAGUGCGCAACAGCUUCCAGAACCUGGGCCUCCCCAUCCCUGAGACCCCAGCAGAACUGAACAUUCCAGGACUUGUGGUGACCGAAGUCUCUUUAGAAACUGGGCUUGAUGCUGCUGAAGAGUCUGGAACUCCAGCUUCUGGAGAGUCUGGCCCCUCCUCCUCUGCUCCUGUGAUGGUGCACCAGGAGCAAGAACCAGAGAGGGCAGGAGACCUGCCCCUGGAGGAAGACUCAGAGACUAAGGGAGAAUCCUAGUGCAAUGGAAGGGUUUCUUGUCAUGGAGUACAGCAGCCUAGUUGGGUAGAGAAGGUCCCAUAGAAGCCCAGGAUGCUUUCCUUGCCUCCAUGAAAUUUCUGCUGUGGCUGU